AUGAUGGCCAAGCAUCGGCUGCCGACCAUCUUCAGCGUCAAUCAGGGCCGUACGAUUGUCGCGGCGAUGGACGGCUGCGAGAUGUGCAUCGACGCGCUACGCGAUUUCGUGGAGGAGCGGAUGCGGAAGCACGACGACCGUUUGAUCGUGGCGCUCUAUCACAACCGCACGUCGUGGCGAUCCGCGCUCCGCGUCCCUCGAGCAGACUCCAUAAAAGACGGCGAGGAAACUGAUGGCAGCGACAGGGAGCAGGCGCUCAAGGAGCUCAUGACGGCCACGGGCGGGGCGGGCGGGGGAGGAGCGCACGGCCCGUCGGUGAGCAACGUGUCGACCAUCGGGACGGGCACAGCGGUGAUCGACGAGGCCACAGCACCCGUGCUGCUGAAACGCCUCAAGUGGGACGGCGACGCCAAACAGGCGCUCUCCCGGCUUGUGGGAGUCUCUAUUGAAAAGAAGGUGCGCUUUGAGGUGGCUCUACUGGAUUCCAAGUCCGUGCCAUCUGCGGUUGUCAAUUUCUGCGACAUGAUCUCAGCGGAUGUGCUGGUGCUGGCCACGACACGUGGCAUCUCCAGGCACGAGCCAGCUCAGCAGAACACGAUCCAGAAAGUGCUGUCCAAGAUUGGCCACGUCAGCCACACUGAGCUGGCGCACCACUGCAGCAAGAACGCCCCGUGCGCGGUGGUGAUUAUAUCGGAGCAUGAGGAGGACGAGGAGGAGGAGGGAUAA